CUGCUUGGCGGGGGCACCAUGAAGUCCCUGCUCCUCAGCCGCUUCCUGCUGCUGCUGCCCUGGGGGCUCAUCGUCCUCCUCCUGCUGGACACGGACAGCAGCCGGGCGCCGCCCGCCCGGCCCCCGCAGCCGACAGCCCCCCGGCAGCCGCCGCUGCCCCCCAUCUAUGCCAUCACCCCCACCUACAGCCGCCCGGUGCAGAAAGCCGAGCUCACCCGCCUGGCCAACACCUUCCGCCAGGUGGCGCGGCUGCAUUGGGUCCUGGUGGAGGACGCUGCCCGGCGCAGCGAGCUGGUGAGCCGCUUCGUGGCGCGGGCCGGCCUGCCCUGCACCCACCUGCACAUCCCCACCCCGCGCAGGUACAAGCGGCCCGGCCUGCCCCGCGCCACCGAGCAGCGCAACGCCGGCCUGGCCUGGCUCCGGCAGCGACACCAGCACCUGCCGCCGCGCCAGCCCGGGGUGCUCUUCUUCGCCGACGACGACAACACCUACAGCCUGGAGCUCUUCGAGGAGAUGCGUACAACCCGCAAAGUAUCUGUGUGGCCUGUGGGGCUAGUGGGAGGUCGAUGGUAUGAGCGCCCUGUAGUGGAAAAUGGCAAAGUUGUUGGCUGGUAUACUGGCUGGAGAGCAGACCGUCCAUUUGCCAUUGAUAUGGCAGGAUUUGCUGUGAGCCUUCAAGUGAUUCUGUCAAACCCUAAAGCUGUAUUCAAACGCCGUGGGUCUCAACCAGGAAUGCAAGAAUCUGAUUUUCUGAAACAGAUAACAACCGUGGAGGAGCUGGAACCAAAAGCAAACAAUUGCACAAAGGUUCUUGUAUGGCACACUCGAACAGAAAAGGUAAAUCUAGGUAAUGAGCCAAAAUACCACCUAGACACAGUUAAAAUUGAGGUAUGAUCUAGAGAUAUAACUGUGUGGGACGUACUACAGGAAAUGGAUGUGGCUGAAGAUGCCUGAAACUUCAGUCAAUUAAGAAUUCAAGCAGUGUACUAUCUACCACUCUGCAACAUCCUGUACUAGUCAUCUGAUGGACUUCUGUACAAACAAAAAUUUGUCAGAUAAGCAAAUCUGACAUCUUCAGAGACAUAACAUCUUUUGUCUUGUUUUGCAUGCAUUUCUCAGCUCAGUAUCAUUGAACUGAAAUAUAAGCAUUUGUUUUAAGAGUUUCCACACAGUAAUACCAAUCAAGACUGAAAGAACUAAAGUGCAACAUUUUCAAAAACAUUUAUCCAACUUAAUUGAUGGAAUUAUUAUAAACUGGUUUAAGACUGCAAAAUGUCGGUCACCAAAAAUAUUGUUAAAAGCACUUU